ACUGAUGCAAUAAUAUGUAUAUAUAAAUAUACAUGUGCUUUACUUGAAGCAAUGUGAUGAUAACGAUGCCUUUUUAAAUGGUGUCACACUGUUUAAAAUAUGUGGUGAGUUUAUUUUUGUUCUAUUUAUAGAACUUUAAAUAGGAAAGAGUUUACAAAUUCGAUUUUACCCUUUGAGGAUAAUUCACCCAAAACUAGCAAUUCACUCUCAUGUCAUUCAAAACCUGCAUUUGAGUCUUGCUUCUGUGGAACACACACGCACAAAGAUAUUUUUCAGAAUGGUUUUGUGUCUAGACAAUGGAAGUCAAUGUUGACCAAAGCUGAAAGAAAGUCAUACAUACGGCAUUGGGAUGACAUGAGGGUGAAUGAAUGAUAAAAUUAUUUUCAUUUCAAUACUUUGGAAUUCCCGUAUCUCUAAUCGAUUUUUAACAUUUUGUAAUGAAAUACAGCUAUAGUCUCCAUACAUAAUCCUUGAUAGUCAUGGAGACAUCCGUCGAGUCUCGCUGGGCAUCAUCCUCGACGAUGCCUACUUACCCAUCUGAGUCCAGUUAUCUGAUCCACACUGAAGACGCCUCGACGUUCCCCUUCACUGAGACCGAUCACAGCAGUGUGUCUUCGUUCACAAGCCCCAUCCACAACCGUGGCCCUGGUGCUUUUCAACACGGCCCGGUACAUCCCGUUUUCUCCUCUCCGUUCCUGUCCUGGCUGGAAGGUUCAAACGGUCCCCCUCUAACCAACCUCCUCCCAUCAUCUCCAUCGUCCUGGCACAACGGCAGCUUCUCCAAGACAAUCUCUUCAUCCCUCCAUGUCUCCAAGCCCCUUUCCCCUUCCAAACAACCUCGUUAUGCUCCAUCUCCUGCCCUGGACCACAAGGAGACCAUCGGUCUACAGGAGGGCAUGAAGGUAGAGAGGCUGAGUCCUCCUGGAGGUGGGGAGGUGUUUGGGGGGAUGUACCCUCUCAGCACAUACUGCGGUCCAUCUGUGAGACUGAGCCAGGAUUACAACAGUUCGCUUCUCUAUGCACCCUCACCCUUCUCUCCGAAAUCACACUGCAAGAUAACAUUCUCAGACACGCGGGAGUGUGUAAACUGCGGAGCCACGGCCACCCCUCUAUGGAGACGUGAUGGAACGGGUCACUACCUCUGUAAUGCCUGCGGACUGUACCACAAAAUGAAUGGACAGAACAGACCCCUUAUCCGGCCCAAAAAGAGACUGGUUGUCAGUAAGAGGACAGGCACUCGGUGUGCAAACUGUCAGACGAGCACCACCACGCUCUGGAGACGCAACGCUAGCGGAGAGUCCGUGUGUAACGCCUGUGGUCUCUAUUUUAAACUGCACAAUGUGAACAGACCGCUGACAAUGAAGAAAGAGAGCAUUCAGACGCGCAACCGGAAAGUUUCCAGCAAGAACAGGAAAGAAAAGAAACUUAGUGCUGCGGAGGAGAAUCUGCAUUCCGAUUUUCCCAAAAGCCUCGUCUCUGAAUGUGACUCCUAUUCUCUGGGGGUCUACAGUCACUCCUCCCAUUCACUGCCCCAAAAUACUGCCUACCACAGCCAUGCCACCCUGCCCUACCCAUGCCCCCCGCCGGCUGCCAUCUUACCCAGCAUGCUAUGAGAGACACGAGACUAUAAAACAUUUAUGGAAUGACGGAAGAGCUUUGACAGGAGUUAUUAUGCAGAAUUUCCCAGUCGGCCAGUUAUAAAAUGUUUGGUUUAAUACUUUUGUUUGUAACUCAGUUGGCAUUAGCAGUGUAGAGGUCAUGGGUUCAAUCUCAGGGAACACACAUACUGAUAAAAUGUAUAGAUUUUGAUCAACUGUUUGGAUUAAAGCAUCUGCCAAAUGUGUAAAUGUAAACUGUACCGUUUGUAGAAACCCUUUCUGCUGUUUGUAAUCUUUUCCACUACAAUAAAUCCUUUUGA